ACCACUAGAUGUCGCCAGUGACGUAAACUGUCAGUGUCAGUUUACGUUUUUCUAGCAACGAAGAAGUCCCAACUUCCGGCUUCGGUGCGCCUUUACCAGUAUUUUUGUCCUGAAAUUGUACAGAGAAAACAACUAAAAUCGGUCACUAUCUUUUCCCCUACAAGCCCCUGCUGCCGAGUGGAAGAUUUGAUGUGACACUUUGAUGUUAAAAGAUCAAACUAUGUCUGUAGUGUUGGACGGCAGUCCGCUGAAAGCGAUGCAGAGCUCACACACUCACACCCCGCAGACUGCCCUGAGCGCCCAGGAACUAUCCCAGGAGAUUAAGUCCUUCAUCAGUGGCUUCGACAGCGUUCAGGGUCGGAAGCUCAAUGUCCGGGAACAUGCCCGCUGUGCUGUGCGCCUGCUGCGCUCCGUCCCGGCCUGUCGAGGGGCGGUGUUGGAGCAUCUGAGGGGUGUGUACGAUGAGCACGUCUCUGCCUUUCUGCACAACCUGGAGACAGAAAGCGACGCCAGCUCCGGGGUCAGCUCCAACCUGGAGGACAUCAUACAGGAGGUUCAUGGCGUGCUGUCAGAGUUCAUCCGUCUCAACCCGCGGGCCUGGGCCCCUCUGGUGUCCGCCUGGGCUGUUGACUUGUUGGGCCAGCUGAGCAGCAAGCAUGCAGGCCGCAGAGUGGCCCCACACUCCUCCAGCCUCAACGAGUUGCUCCAGCUCUGGAUGUCCUGUGCUGCCACCCGCUCCCUCAUGGAGGCUUACUCCCAGUGUCUGGCUGCCAUGCUGGCCUGGUGCCCUGACGCCUGUGUGGAUGCUCUGUUGGACACCUCGGUUCAGCACUCCCCACAUUUUGACUGGGUGGUUGCUCACAUCGGUUCUGCUUUCCCAGGUACUAUCAUCAGCCGAGUCUUGGCAUGUGUCAAGGACUUCUGCUCUCACGGUGCUAAGGACACAGGGCUGAUGGCGAUGGGAGUGGAUAAAGGCAGCAGAGUCCCAAAGAUUGGCUCAGUGGUGGGAAUCCUUGGACACCUCGCAGUGCACCACUCAGACAGCAUCCGGAAGGAGCUGCUCAGGAUGUUUCAGGAAAGUUUGUGUCCAUCAAGCCCUUUAUCUCCCACUUCAUCCUCAACCUCCUGGGAGAGUUCCCCUCAGCUUCGUCGUGCUGCAGUACCCUUUCUGCUACAACUGGCUGCAAUGUCCCCCAACCUCUUUGGUGCGGUGUCAGCAGAGCUGGUGGAGCUGCUGCGCCCUCCUGUCCUCGUUCAGCUGCAGGCCGUGCUGCAGGGCAUCCCCAGAGAGGAGCUGGAUAACAUGCUGGGGCUGGCAGUCCAUCUUAUUAGCCAGAGCCCAUCAGGUGGGUCCCGUGUCCUCCGUUUUCUGGCAGACACAGCAACGCCAGCGUCCGUUAUCAUCUCCGGCCCAACACCCUCCCCUCAUGAAGGCGUCAGAGAAGGUUGCGAUCGCCUCCUCCAGAUGCUGCUUUUGCAUCUCCACAAACUGGUCUUCAACCGCUCAGAGGGAGCUGAAGUCAACCCCCAUCGCUCUGCCUCCUCUCAGCCCCAGAGGGUCAUCCCCUUCUUGGCGGAGCUGCAGUCUCACGUAGGGGAGCUCUGUGCUGAGACACUGCGCCUGGAAAGGAAGCGUCACCUCUGGCUGCACCAGUUGCUGUGCCUGCUGUCGGUGUAUGGUGGUCCCAGCGUGGCUACUGAGGCCCUCUGCCAGCUCCUCACACAGGCUCACAACCCGGAAGAGCUGGCCCUGGCCUGGCAGCUCCACACAACGCUCUCCUCGUGCAUUGCAGGACUCAUUCCUGCUGCUGUAACUCGCUGUGUGGCCCAGAUCCACACACACACUCUGGGGACCCGGCAGCUGACGCAGCUGUUACUAAACAUGGCCGCAGCCAUCCAGAGUCAAGAUGAGGAGAGAAGAGGAGCUUCAGGUGUUCAGUCCUCCAUGGCCAUCCAGGUGGGCUCAGCGGUCUCAGGACACCUCCAUGAUUUUGGCCCGCUACUGCUCCAUGGUGACCCAAAUGUAUCUCACGCUGUAGUGCGCCUCCUGUCCUGCAGCCCGCUCCCUCGCGCCUCGUCCCCUGCACACCUGCUCCUGCUCUGUCGUGCUGCAGUCACUCAUUUCUUUCUGGCGCUGCGGAGAAGAGGAGAAGGAGGGAAGCUGGGGAGAGACGGGGGACAGGCGUGCGAGGAGGUGAACUGCUCAGUCCUGCUGCUGUCCCGUUUUGCAGCAUAUUCUUCGCUCACUCUCAAAGCACUGCUCCAGCAGCUUGUUGAGGGGGCGCUACAUAAAGGCAACGCGGGACUGUUUGGAGGGCAGAUCGCCGACAUGUCUGGUGCCCCUCUGCCUUCCAAGUCUGUGUCUCCUGACAUCGGAGCCUCUCUGCUGGAUAUCAACUGUCGCUUCGGCACUACCGUCAACUUUUCUGGUAGCGUGUGGUCUGUGUUUCAUGCCGGGGUGAUUGGCAAGGGGCUGAAGGUCCGCACUGAGGCACAGCUUACUGACCCAUCGGGGGUCAUGCAGAACGUCCAGACUCUGCUGGCUGUCGUAGUCCAGUGUUGCAGCUCCUCUGGUCUCAACGGCUCCAGACUACCCUCUGACCCCGACGAGCCACUGCCCAUCAAUGCCGAAGCAGCCAAGGUAGUUGCAGUGACGAUGGUCGAAAACGUCUGUCCAGAUGUGGCCAACGGUGAGCUGUCCUGGCCCCCGGAAGAGCAUGCUCGCACCACUGUGGAGCGAGACAUCCACAUCCGGCGAUGCUUUGAAGCCCAUCCGGUGCUCUUCCCCCUGUUGCAGGUGGUGGCUGCUGGACGCCCAGCUCUCUGCUACUGCUCAGCUGUGCUCAGAGGCCUCCUCGCAACUCUGCUGGCACACUGGGAGGCAUCCCGCGAGUUGUUGUCCACAGACUCCCCGUGGCACCUCCAGGCCUCCUGCCUCCUGGUGUCUUGCAUGGGUGAGGGCCAGCUCCUGCCCCCUGUGCUGGCAAACGUCCAUGAAACCUUCCCUCACCUCACUCCCUUCGAGUUGAGGCUGCUGCUCCUGGCAGUUUGGGAGUAUGUGAGAGGAAAUGGGCCCAUGCCUCAAAAGUUUGUCUUCAACUCGGAGAAGGGGCUUUUCUGCAGGGAUUUCUCACGGGACGGCGACGUGGCAAGAUAUGUGGCACCGAUUCAUAGUGUCCUGCAUAAAAACAUUGACAGAUUGGGACAUCUGUGCUGGCGAUUCCAGCUUUAAGGAGUAGUGGGGAGCAAACUGUGUAGAGUAGACAGGAUGCUGUGUUAUAUUGCUUCAAAAGUGGACUGCAAAUUUGCUUUCACUGUACUUAAGUUUAAAGUAUAGAUGUGUACAUGUGUUUUUAUGUGUGAGUGUGUGCCUUUUUGUACCAUAUUUUUUAGACUUCAUAGGUUUCUUACUAGUUGUUUCUGUGACGAAUACAAGGGUACAUGGGAAAUGGCACACACAUGUUAUGUUAGCACAGAAAUAUUCCCCACAAAAGACAGACUUAAUGUCUCAUUUUGUUUGAAAAUACAACCGUACUCUGCUAAAUCAUUUAAAGGUUAGUUUUGUACAUUUUUUUCAGGUGAGGCGUUCUAAAAUUGUGGUUACAAACAUGCCUUGCAACUCUUGUUAGAUGCCCAAAGCCGUUGUUUCAACCACUUAACAAAAUAAAUAAUUUGGUCUUGUUUUUGAA